AUGGAGGAAAGAAAUGUGCCCACCAUACGGGAGCUGUCAGAUCAAUUGAAAGAGCUGCCGAUGUAUGCCCCAUUGAGAGUGAGUCAUUGAAAUAUUCAUUUCGCACAUCCAUUGUUAUUUCCUCUUUCAUAUGGAAAUCCAUUAUGACGUGGCUUUUAGACGUACAUUAGAGGAACCGUAAAUGUGGCUUUGGGAGUGACGAAACGCCUCCCCGCAAAGUUUUUGACGGAUAAAGGUGAGGAGGUAUCGGAAUGGGAUCGAAAUGGACAGUUUAAGGAUUGCAGAGUGCGUGGCCCACAGUCUGAUUGCCGAUUGGAUCGAUUCGAGUGGAUACAAGAUUGCGGCUCAGAUGAUGAGGACGCAAAUGGCAGAGAAAUACGUGGAUGCGCCCCAGCAGUACGUGACGAACGGCGAUUCGAUCGACAAAAAACUGACGGAGAUUGAGAUGAAUGUGCCGAAAUUGGAGAGAAAAGAAAGGAGCGUCGAGAAUGGGCAUCCGAGCAGAGUGAACAAAAGAAGAGGGCCGUUGAGGAUUGCGCCGGCGAUCAGUUCCGAAGACUUUCGGAAAUCGAUGAUGACGAGAGUCGAGAUGGAGAGGAAAAUGGUAAGCGGACGGGCGGGAUGAGAAGCAAUCGUGAUGAAGUUUCAGUUUCCGAGAAAGGCUGUAAUUGUUCACGAACCUUCGGACUCUGAGGAUUCUUCGUCGUCUUCGGAAGAAGAGAAAUCACAAGAAGAGAAGGCCUCGAACAAAGAAGUGGAAGACGAAGAAGAAGAAGAAGAGACGACGAAGCCGUGGACACCGUCGAAACUGGCACUCGUAACCGAUGAGGUCUCCGAUCCUCCCUCUUCCAUUUUUUCCGCCCAUCUUCCACCGCUUUCCAUCAGCAAACCGUUGCUCACGACGAAAGAAGAGAAGGCGAUUGAUGCAUUGUUUGAAGAUGAUUAUGAUUUGGGAGACUUUGACGAUGACGUCGAAGAUGAGACAAACAAGAAGAAGGAGACGGAAGUGGAACAAAAGAAAGAGGACAAGAAGGAGGAGCAGAAGGCUGUCGCCGUGGAGCCACUCGUUCUGUCGGAAGGUCCGAUUGCUCCCGAGUCUGUCGGUCCCUUUAAAGUGAAUUCGUUUCAGGCGAGUCAAUCGACGAAUUGGAGGAAUUCGACACAGGUCUUCUCUCGUCGGGAGGGUCCGACUACUCUUUCUAA